GUUAUUGAGAAAUCGAAGAAAGAAGAUCCAAGCGCAAAUGCCAAAGCAGAAUCCAAACCAGAUCGGCCGAGCAAUCUGUGUUGUUACUCGCAGCGUAUCUGCAACGUGGAGAAGUUGAAAGGCUUUGAUUUUUGCCACAAGCACAUCUUAGAAGACAAGGCUAGUCCUUUCAAACCUUGUGACUUUGUGGCCAAAUCAAAUGGCAGAAGAUGCCCUAAUCCUGCUCCAAAGUUGCCAGCCAGAGGGAAAAGGUAUUGACCCUAACCUACAGUGUAAUAACAGGGCCAUUUAUACGAGGAAAAAUAAGACGCGUCUUAUAUAGGAUGCGUCUUAAAUAAGAUGCAAACUUUCUAUAUAAACGGCACAUUUCGUCUAAAAUAAGACGCGGCUUAGCUAAGACGUGUCUUAUUUUAGAACAGCCCUUAAACACCUGUUCUUAGAUAAGACGUGUCUUAGCUAAGACAAGGAAAACUUCAUAUAAAUGACCUUCGCGUCUUAUAUAAGACGCGAACGCAUAGUAGGCAUGGGUUAAUUUUUUGUGCGCCACGUUGGAUUGCCAUUGCUACAGGCAACAUUCACAUUAAAGCGAGUCAUGAACAGAAAUAAGACGCGAACCAUUUACAGAGUUUGAGCUAGGAUUUGAUCACUGGGGGACAAUUUGUCCCCUUGGCUAAAAUUUUGGGGGACAUUUUCCUUUUUAGGGGGACAGAAAUUUGUACACCCUUCCUUCUUAGCAGGGCUUCUGAUAGGUCUCGGACGAAAAAGUCAAAUUUCGCGGGAUUUUUAGGGACAAAUUCGCGGAAAAAUCGGCCGAUUUCGCGGGAGUUUUCGGGGCAAACUUCAUCGAAAAACAAUCGGUAAAAAACGGCCAAUUUUGUGGUUAUUUUCAAGGCAGAUUUCGCUAGAAAUCGAUCGGUUUUGCGCUGAUCAGACCAGCCUUUUUAACGUUUUUCUAACAGAGGUCAUCAUUUGCUCUUUCAACAACAAUACGCUCCAGAAAUGAACCAAUGGCAAAGCCUUUAACAUGAUGGCUAGUGCCCAGUUUUUCGCAACCUAAUCUGUUUGCACGUUUCAGUGACGAAGUUCCAAGAUAAAUUUGCAAGUUUACGGCAAGUUAAUAUCCCCUAUAGCUGAAAUAAGUUUCAAAUAUGUUGUACAGACAUAUAUUUGAUAAGAUUUCUACCAAAUUUCGUGGUAUUUUUCGUGUUUUUGUGAAUUUCGCGGCUCCGCGACCGUGCGAAAAAUCAGAAGCCCUGUCUUAGAUUUCCGACAAAAAUAGCAGUAGAGCGUGACUGAAACGUAACUUUGGAAUGAACUUUAAAGGUGCAAUAAAAUAUACUUUCCACGUUCUGUUUCAGCUUGCAACUUCUGUACCGAAAUAAAUCUCUUCGUGUGUGCUUCCUUUCGAGUUUUUUCCCUAAAUUUUGAAGGGGACAAAUUGUCCCCUUGGCCGUUUUUUAAAGGGACAAUUCCAAUUGCAGUGCGGGAUUGGCGCAAAGGCGCGGCCUGGCUCAAACCCUGCAUUUAUAUGAGCUGUUCUCAUCUUAGGUAAGACAUGCUCGUAUAAAUGGUACAGUUCACAUCUUAUUUAAGAUGCGUCUUAUGUAACACACAUCUUAUUUUUCCUCGUAUAAAUGGCCCUCAUAAGUUUAGUGAUAAGGGUUAGGAAACUGACUGAAUCAAGUUUCAAGUCAGUUUUCAUUCAGUUUCCCUAAUCACUAAACUUGAGAGUCAUGAUCUGUUUGCAUGGGGUUUCAGUAUUCCAGGUUUUAGGCAAACCCUUCUGGAUCCUAAAAUAAGUGUAUUAAAGUCCCCAAAAACUAAGGCCCAUUUUCUCUCAACCAGUGGGGUAUUAGUUUUUGUAGUCCUGGCCUGGAAAUGUUGAAAUUUAGAAACAGAAUAGACGUGUAUAAAAAUCAUCAUGCAGUGUCGAAGAUUUGCUAGGAGUAUAAUCGGGUUGGGUCAUUUUAUAUUUUUCUACUGGUUUAUUAGAUUGUUAGACAAGCAAUUCUUGUCCCUUCAGGUUUUAUUUACUGUGACCAUGUCAUUACUGGGAUUUUUAUUUGGGGAGCUUCAGGACCCCUUUUCCUGAAAAAUAGGGGUCCUGGAUUAAAGUGAGGGGGAUGAAGAUAUCCACAUAAUUAUGUGAAUAAAAAGUUACGGAACAAAGAACAAGAGCCCUACUCCAAAAUAGUUGGUGUUUAGUUCCCCAUGUAUGACCGUAUCAAAGUUGUUUUGUUUUUCAAGCUGGUGGUGACUACUGGCAGUAAAAGUCUAUAAACUGCUUUAUGUGUAUGCACUGCUGUCAGUCAUUUCAACACGUUCUGGGUACAGAGCUGGAGUGUUUCUUUGUCUGUUACUACAUAACCUUACAUCAGACAUUGUUUUUUUAGAAGAGAGGAAAAAAUGAUCGCCUGAUAUAUUUUUGUCAUGAUCCACCAACUGUCCCUGCUUUAAAUAAAAUAAAUAAUAAUUUCAUUAGGUCAACCUGUCAUCAAGGCACGAAAGACGUCCUAUAAAAUGUUUUUGUACUCAGGGAGAUCAAAGCAAUGGCCAUGUUUUAUUUUCAAAUUUUGAGCAAAAGUAAUAACAACUUGUCUGCUUUUUUAAUUACAGUUUUUGCAUCAUUCACACUCGAAAGGCUGAGCUGCGUCGAGCAGUAGAGGAAAGGAGAAAGAGAAGGCACCAUGAGGGUGAUGGUGAAGAGAGUUAUGAUGGUGAUAGAGAAAAACGAAGAAGAACAUCGAGUUCAAAUUCCCAGAAAAGUGAUAAACUAGAUAAUCAUUCUUCAGGUACAGUGUACAUUUUUUGUUAUUGAAGUACAGUCAGGUGGAAAGCCAAGAUUUGCAUUAAGUUUGUAAUCCAUCUUAAAUAGGGUUCACUCAACAUGUUGUACAGGCCAUGUUAGGGUAAAAUUCCGACAAGCGACAUAGCCUUGAAACAGUGACAUAGGACAACAGAAAUGCCGACAAACGACACAAAGAUGGGUUGAAACUGUGACACCGACAGAGAAAAAUGCAAAUACAAUAGUAAAAUACAUAUACUGGCAGUGACACGGCUUCCUCCUCAGCAUUGCAAAAUGACAGGUUUUGAAAACGGUUUUUUCCUAGGCAUGCUUCAUGCCAAGGAAACUGGGAUAAGCUCUGGCUGUUUAGGCCUUUGGCUUGUGUGCUCCUUCUAAGCUUUACCUACUUUUUUGCCUUUUUAGAUGACGAGGGUGGUGCUAGUGGCGAUGAUUACCUGAAAGUAGAUAGUGCUUGGCAUGGUGAUAUAGACAGUGAUGCUGAAUCUGUGGACAGUGAAGAAGAAGACCCUCUCAAGUAAGCUUUCGACAUUUAGACUUAAACUGUUUGGGAGGAACAUGGAAGAGUUUGAUAAUGAAUUUUGGGCAUGUAGUUUACCAGUGUAUUUUAGGUGGCCACUUUUAAUGAUGUAUUUUGUGUUUUGUUCACUUGUGUUCCGUAGUUUGGUUUAAAAGAUGCCUAAAAGCAUCUUGUCAUAACUAUUAAGAUGGAUAACUGACAUUUUUUGAAAUGGUUGUACAGAUGGCCAAUAGCAGAUUAUAUGCUUUUGUGUGUUACAUGUAGCUCAUCCCAGGUCAAUCAUUAAAAUGCAGCUUAGCAUUAUUAUUUAUUAUUGUUUAUGCUAUAAAAAUGAUGUCAAUAUCAACUGUUGCAAACCAGUUAGCAAGAUGUAACAUCCUUCUCCUAGGCAUGCAGGUGUCUGGACAGUUGAGGAAGCAACAAGAAUGUGCCGUGACAAGAUGAUCAGACUAAGAUCUUUGUACAUAGCUCAGUUCAAGAGGCUACAACAUGUGUUAAAAGAGAGAAAAAGAAAAUACUAUCAGGCAAUUCAUGCUGAAGAAGAGGAGGAAACAGGUAUGAAGUACAUGUACUGGUAUUACUACUUUUAUUAUUCAUUCAAAUAUUUCUCAGUUUCUGAUUGGCUAAAAUGCCAUGCAUAAUUCAUCAGAACCAGCUACUGUUGACCAAAUCUGGAAGAAUUUUGCCAUAUGUGAAAAAUGGCAUCAGUUUUGCAGCAAAAUUGCCAGAUUAUUAAAGAGUUAACCGAGAAGGCUGGGUUUUAGGUUGAGUUGCUUUGGUACUGAGUACAAAAUGGUGGAACAUUUCACCUGUUUGAAGAGGAAGAAAUAGGCAAACUAUUGGCUAAAAACAUAGCAGGAACAGCAAGAAGAUUAUCAACUUGAUGGAUGACAUCUGCUAUUCGGAGAAUAUUUGCAGUACUGAACAACCCUUUAUCUCCUAAACUUGCCGAUGUACAGGCAAUUGAAGGUGAACUUAACAUUGAUGAAGGUAGGCAUGUUUUAGCUUGCUUUUAAACUAGGAAAUUAUUUUUAAUGAAUAAUGAAACAAUUAUUGAAUUUGGCUUUCAUAUCAUCUGAAGAAUUGUGGAGAUCUUGGAGGGUGUUAUCCAUGGUGAUUAUAACACUCUCCUCGAUCUCCAUAAUUCUUCAGAUGAUUCUCAGCCUUAUCUGAUAAUAUUAUUAUUAAAUACAGGGGAAUGUAAAUAAUUAUGGUCACCAAAGGGCCAAAGAAAUUUGGCUGUAUUAACAGGUGACUAUAUUAAAGGAGCUGUGUCACGAAAUUCAGCCAAAUUAGGAAAUUACAAAAUGCCUGUUAAAUUAAGAGGAACAUAAAAAUAACCUCUUAAAACUUUAAAGGAAGGUUAAAACAACAGAUGUCAUGGAUGGGCAAAACUGAAGAAGAUUGAAACGGAUUGAAAUUAGGAUUUUUGAAAACUGUUCAGCCUCAUGGUUUUUCAAAGUUGAUCCCUGCUGCCUGCAACUUCAAAAAUAAUGCUCAGGAGACAUAUUUGUUUGUAUCGGGUCUCUGAUUUUGUCAUUUACAUGUAAUUUCUUUGCUUACUUUAAGUUCCAUAGCGAUUGAGGGUGAGUAAUUGGCAAAAUUAAACAAAAUGAACUGAACUGCCGUGACACAGCCCCUUUGAUGAGGGAUUUUUACAGGAAAAUGUAUGCUCGUUUUGCCGGGCAUCCAAAAAAAGUGGCCAUAAUAAUGAGGUCAUUGUAUUACCGAGGUGGCCAUAAGGCAGGGUUUCACUGUAUCACAACAACCUCAUCCAGUAAUAUUGUUUAUUAUUUGUGUCCAUAGGAGAGUGUAAUCUGACACCCACACAACUUCUAGGUCACAAGCCCCUACAUGAGCGUCCUGGCACUGAAACUUUGCUGCGAAAGCAGGCAAAAGAAAAGAAACAAGGAACAAACGCUCGGCAGCAGGCUGUCUCAACUUUGCGCUGUACCUACUCUCCUGGGGGAAAUAGAUGCACUGAAAAGGUCUUGCCCCUUACAAAACACUGCAUUAAACGUAUCCUUUUUAUCCUAUACUGACUAAAGAGCGAAGUUUUCCAAGGCCGUGCUGAAAAAGGGGAGCAAGUCAUUGUUUAUAGUUUGAACUGGACCAAAAAAAGUUGGUCAUGCUUGUUUAUUAUUUACAAGCUUUGCCAAAGGGCCUGGAAUACUCACAGAGCAAGCUCCCCUAUAAGGGCCACAAAAAAUAUUGCAAAUUAUAACUACACUGUACUAAUAGUAAUAAUAAUGAAAACAUUCACGUGGUAACAGUUGAAAGACAAAUAAUAACAAAUAAAGAGGGACAAGCACAGACAAAGGAAUCAGCAUUAAUUUUGAUCAAGCAAGUUUGUUUGUGGCUGACUACUGUUGUACACACGUUCUUAUAGGCCGGAGGGGUGUUGGGAAAGGGUGAUACAAACACUUUUUUAAAAGUUUUGAUAUUUUGUUGAAGUGGCGCAAUGAACAGUCAAUAAUUCGGAGAUGGGAUGCUGGGACAAGUGUUCCUCAGUGGUUCUCGGGGCUUUGACUAUACAAUAUAGUUAUCCUAGAAAUCAAAGGGUUGUUUCAAGUCAACAGGUUCCUUGACGCUGCCUGCAGACAUCUGUCAUGAUCCAAAUCAGCUGCUGUUUCAACAAUGUACAUUCCAGUCAAAAGGGGAAAGCCAGUGUGACAGGAAUGUUGCUAAGAUCUUCAAACACACCUCAUGUAGACUACAUGUGGAGCUGCCAUCAAGCAUGAACAGACCAGAUGUAAAAAAGGACUUGCAAGAUGCAGAGGAAAGAGCAAAGUAAGAUGAGGGACAUCUUUUCUGUGAAGGACAUUAAUUUAGACAAAAAAUAUCUAGAUUUAGUGCAAGAUUUCCUAUUACUGUUCAGGUGUUUGUCAUUGUUAAUUUUUGGUUGUUUCAGUAGUGGUACACAAACCACGGUUGUUUACCCAUGCCUGUUACCAUAAAAUCUGCAUUCCUUUACUGUGAAUUAUCUUCAGAGACGAUUAGACAUGUGAGAAGCUGUAUCAAACCCUCAAAACUGAGUGUUUUAUGUCAUAUCCAUAUACCUAGAAGUCAACACAUUUUGUUCAUUUUAACCCACGCCUGCAACACUUCGGGCAUUGAUUUCCUUCCAGUCUAAUCAGUAAGCAAUCUUUCUUUGCAGAUUAAGAAAAGCCAGAGCUUUAGAACUAAAAGAUCAACCUGAUGUGCCAGAAGCCUUGCAACAGAAAUCUAUUGCUCUUUUGCCACCACCUACCACUGACCAGACAGAAGAAACCACAACCAUCAGCUCCGAACCACAGCAAGAUUCAACAUCUAUUGUCACUGACAGUCUGUCUGCUGGAUCAGAGAAAUUGGGUGUUGAUGUCAGUGAUGAUACCCGAAAAUCUGCAACUGAAGGUGCUGUUACGGCAGCAUCUUCAACUAGGUCAAAUGCGGAAUCAGCAUCAGAUCCUUCAGAGAGUAUCUCUCCUGGUUUUGCAGCUGCAAGUCUUGUGGCAGUUUGUAGCAGUCCUCAGUUACCAUCGCAGGGGACACCACUAUCAAGUGUCAGUGACAUAAACCAGUCUUCAGAGUCAGACAACAAGACAGUGCCAAUCAACAGUGGUGAUAAGCAGCAAAGUAAAAGUGAUGCUUCUUCUGACGCUUUAAAAAGGGACACAGAGCGUAAGCUGCCUGAAGCUGCAGCAGAAGAAAACUUAAAAGGCGCCAGCAUGUCAACAGCAGUUGGCCAGGAGGAAGUGUCAUCAAAACCUCAAGAACUGGCAAAAACAGACUCUGCUGCAGACACCCAGUCAGUCAUCCCUGAUUCUGGAGCAGAACAACCUAAACAGACCACAGCAGAGACAAGUGUUACCAAAGACACCACUGAAGAAAACAUUACACCAUUUUCAACUUCUACAUCACAGAAUGUUAAUCAAGACACUUCCCAGACUGUUGCAUCACAAGAUAUAUUGAUGACUCCCUCAAAGAUCAUCUCACCCACCACAAAAUCGGACGACACUGAGGACACUGUUCAGAUUUCCUCCAAGAGUGCUUCACAAGGAACACUCAGUGCAACAAAAGUCACCUCUCCCACUUUAAGUACAGCUUCAUUACAUGAGUCAUCCAUAGACCCGGCAAAGGUUCCUUCAAAGACUGCCUCUAGCUCCUCGAAGGUCACCUCUUCUGCAAUGACAAAAGUGGGGUUGGGGGAAUCCUCAGAAGGUUCACCAGUGGACACUUCAAAGGAUACAAUGCAGAGUUCCACAAAAAGUUUCAUACAAGAGGUAGCAAAGAACACUCCUCCAAGUGCCUUGACAGCCCCACCCAGUGCCCCAAAGCAAGUAAUACAGGUGCCACCUUUGGUGUAUUUAUCACAGCCAUCAACUGCCAGUUCUUCAGCACCUCAACCAUCCAAGGCAAGUACUACAAAGGGUCACAUGACAAGCGACACACCCCGCCCUACCCCUGUCAAACCAUUUCAGCACCUACCAUCAGGAAUGACAUCAUCUAGUUCCAAGCAAUUCAGUGCAAUUACUUCUGUGAUAAGCAAGGACACAAACAGGGAAACGAAGACGGACAACAUUAAAACUAAAGACCCAGCAGAUACAGGAAAACUUUAG